CCCUCUGAGCUAGACUCUCUCACAGUCUCUCACUCCUUCUUCUCAGUUCAUCAUCUAAAGGCAUUUCUCAGUUCACCACCAGUAGAGAAGUAAUGGCAACGGCAAUGACAACAUGGGUUCUGCUAGCUUCACUGUUCUUAGUCACUGUUUCAGCUGACAGUAAAAAUAACACUGCAAAUGAGCUUGUGUCCGUACUCAACAGCAACAGAACUGGGCACAAAGCAUCACUUCUUGCAGACAAUCAAGGACUAGCCUGCAUUGCUUUGCAAUACAUAAAAGCAUAUCAAGGAAAAUGCGAUGACGUAGAUAACAAAAAGCCUCUUGACUCAGACAUUGCUGAUACAUUUGCUCCCAGCUGUGGCGUCCAAGCUUCAACCUUGACACCAAUAACCGGGCGGCUAAUAGGUUGUCAAUCUAAAUACAUCUCUGCACCUGAAGCGUUUUCUACCCUUCUGGUUCCAAGCAGCAAGGGGCUGGAUAUAUUGUACAAUAAAAACCAUACUGAAGUAGGGGCAGCAGUUAAAGGUACCGAUGGUGGGUCACCGUAUUUUUGGUGCGUGCUUUUCAGUAAUGGAAAAUCGAAUAGCAGUUUCGUCGUAGAUGGAGGUGAGAUCAAAGCGCAAGGACCUGGAUGUUUCAGUGGAACAAGCGAUGAUUGCAGUAGUGCUAAUGGAUCUUACAGGGUUCUUUGGUUACAGACAAUUGGAAGUUUGAUUGCUGUUGUUUAUGCAUUAGGUUUCUGAACACUUUCUGCGCGCAUUUUGUUUAGAAGUAGUUUUGAUCGAUAUCAGAGAUGUGCUUAAACUUGUUUUCUGGAUUUGUUUUUGUAUUUGUAGUGUUAAAGCAAUAUGAAUGUUUCACAAGCCUCUCAAUG